AUGGGCAAAUUACCAGUUCCAGUAGAGACUUAUCCAAUCAUUGCCAUCAUUGGCGGUGCCAUCGGCGGUGCUGGAUGGUACUUGGCUAGAUUAGCACAAGGACCAGAAGUUGUCUGGGACCGUAAAAACAACCCACACCCAUGGCAGGACAUCAAGCCAGGCCAGACCACGAAACUCCUCAACUACAAUGAUCAAGUUGGUACUGAAGGCAAGUGGUCACGUAACCGUCUUUAG